AUGAGUGACCGAGAUGCCGGCCCGGCGAUCAGAGCAAGACUUGAGCCGUUGGGUCGAACAGGCCUCAACAUUAUUUAUGCCGAUAGAUCUGAGCCACAAGUCGUUAUCAAAGCCACCGGCUUCUGGCUAGAUGGGGAAAUGUAUGACCAUGCAUCCUUUGCCAAGGGCACAGACACUAGCGCCAUAUUCAAACGCGAAGCUGCUGUCUACGAUGCUUUGGGCGCCCAUCCACACAUCCUCAAAUCAUUUGGAGCUGCAUAUUUCCCUCCUGCUUCGGGCGAAGAAUCUGAGCUCAUGGCCGAUAGCGAAAGAGAGGCCUGGGCCUUGACGCUCGAGAGAGCUCCCCACGGCAACCUACGUCAGCGGAUUCUACAGGGCGAUGCACUACCUAUAGACCAGCGCUUGAGGAUGGCACUACACCUUACGGACACCCUGCAGUAUGUGCAUAGCCGAGGCGUGAUUUGGGGUGAUAUCUCGACGCGGAACAUCCUUCUCUUUGACGGCCACCACAUCAAACUCAGCGACUUUGCUGGCUCCAGUCUACGCGGUGUAUAUCCAGACCUGCUCUUUGCUUGUGAGCCUCGCUACUGGAUCCCUACAACAGACCCCCCAAGCCCAGAGAGAAGCGCGUUCGAGAAGGAAUUGUUUGCACUUGGCACUGGUAUCUGUGAGAUUACUGAAUGGGAGGUACCAUAUGGCGAGAUUGAGAUCGAGGAGUUGCAGGAGAAGUUAAUGCGUGGAGAGUACCCCCAUGUAAGCGAGGACAAUCCCGCGCGAUAUGUCAUCCAGGGGCUUUGGAAUCUGGACUACACAUCUGUUCAAGAGGUUGCCGAUGCGCUUCGCAGACUUACAGCUACUGCAUAG